AGGCAGCCGUGCUCGAGAUGAAGGCCUCCUUCACCGGAGCGCUGGAGCAGCUGACGGCCUCCUCCCAGCCGGCGCAGGAGGCGUCCGCGGCGGCCGAGGCGGCCAGCGCUGCUCCACAUGUCCAGCUGCUCAUCAGCCAGCUGCAGGUGGAGCUGGGAACGGCGACCUCAAUGCUGCAGCAGCUGCAGGAGGGUCAAGAGCAGACGAGGCAGCAGCUGCAGCAGUUGCUGUACGAGCGAGACAUACUGCUAGACGAACUGUGCAAAACAGGCAGCGUGUCCGACCAAAUAAGGCAGCGGCUGCACCAGCCGCAGCUGCACUUCCCGUCGCGGACGCCCAGCGGCUGCCACAGUACGGACUCGGGCGUGGGUCACGUGCUGCACAAGGCGCGCUCGUACGGGCCCUCCGAUCCGGAGAGCGGCUCGCUGCCAGACCGGCCGCUCGUCUCCACCAUGGUCCAGGAGUACGUCAACGGCCUGGGCAGAGAAGCCAAUGGUUACGAGUCGGACUCGUCGUUGACAAUGGCCGUCAGCAAGUCCUUCACCCUUAGCACGUCUCUCUCCAAGCAGUGCGACUUGGAGCUGGAUGAGCUGAGCGAGAGUGACAGCGAGGGUCAGGUCAAGUCUGCCAGCGCGCCGGUGCCGGACGAGUCGGAGCGGCUGAAGGUGGUGCGCGAGCUGGUGGAGACAGAGCGACGCUACUGCGGCACCCUAUGGACCCUGCAGGACACGUUCGCCGAGCCGUUAGCGGCCAGCAGCGUCCUCACCAGCAGCGAGCUCAGCACGCUGUUUCCGGACGAGAUCGGCGGGCUGUACGAGAAGCACUGCCGUCUGCUGCACACGCUGGAGGAGCGUCUGGAGGCCUGGCACUGGCGGCCACACGUCGGCCACAUUCUCUACAAGUUUAUCAACCGAGGGGAGUUGGAUGUCCUUCGAAUGUACACUUCUUACGUGAACGACUUCCCGGAGGUGCUGAAGAUAUUUUACAAGCUUUGCCGCACGUCCAGCGAGUUCACCAAGUUUCUGAAGAGCCGACUGCAGCACCCUAGCUGCAACGGCCUGGACCUGGGGGCCUUCCUGCUGUCGCCCGUGCAGCGGGUGCCGCGCUACGUCCUCCUGCUGAAGCAGCUGCUGCGGCACACGCCGCCUGCGCACGGCGACCACGACUCGCUGCAGGCCGUGCUCGACGCGCUCAAGCAGUUCCUGGCGCGCCUCAACGAUUCGAUGGAGCACUCGUUCCAGCUGGUGGCCGUGCACAUGAGCUCGCGGGAGCUGGACGGCAGAUUGUCGAAACAGUCGCACAAGAGCGCCACCUACGAGAGUGCCAAGACGGGCCGCCAGAGUCGCGUUGGACCGGGUGAGAGGGCGGCACUGCGCCGCCGUUCCAAAUCGAAGCCGGCAUACCGGUCAGCGGCGGCCGACUCCGCCGCCGGCCGCCUGCUGCUCGGUAUCGACCGAACGGGCUCGUCAAGCAGCAGCCAGACGCAGAGCAGCGAGGAAGCGUCCGGCUGGGGCGGCUACGGUGGCCGCACGGCCGCGCAGAAGGCACGCCGCCACCGCCAGUACGACUGCCAGUCGCUGCCGCACAUCAAGCACCGACGCCGUAGUCAGUUGACGGCGGCUCGCUCCGAGACGUGCCUGCGCGACGCGUGCUGCCGCCUGCCGGCGCCGCCACCGCAUGAACGUGGCCGCAAAAUGCACGCGAAGUCUGUUCACAACCUGCACGUAGAGACAUCUAGCGAGGUUUUGCACAGGCUAGAGUAUGAAGAGGUGGCGCUGAGUGAGCCUAGCCUGUGCGACGCGCCGAUCUCUGAGCGAAGUCAAUCUUCGGAAAAACGCAGGGGGAGCCGGACUCUGCCCAGGGGACGGUCGGCCAGCGUUGUCGGAGCGGAGCAGUCGACUGCGCCCCAGUCACGUGACCACAGCGUCGACAAGGCGGCGAAGGCCGAGAAGCGGCGAGUCUCACUACGCGCCAUCAAGAACAUGUUCAGCCUGAAGAAGAGGAGUUCACGAUCGGGCGUGCUCAAUAUCAGCGACAGCUCGUGCGGCGUGGCGGCCCCCUCGGCCGACCAGUACACGCCGCUGCAGGACGGCUCGACGCCCGCCAGCCAGGGCGACUUCACCGACGAGGAGGGACGCGCCUGCAGCAACGUCUAGUGCUGUGCUCUGAGCCGCCGCGCCCUGCCAGCACGCGCCCAGUACAAACAGAUGCCACCACGAUGGGGCUUGUGCCGCGCCCCGCACACCGCUGGCCAGCGGGGGCCUGCGCUCCGCCAAGGGCGUCUUGGUGCCUCCACCAGCCCGCUGGGCUGGAAUACGGCAUCGCGGGAAUGAAGUGUCGCGUGCUCUACGUGCUUGAAUUCGUUAUAUCCAGUGUUCUCGCCGGACUUGCCUGCAAAGUACAUGCUUUGCGGAGCAAUGGACCUAUUCGACAGCAUUACGCCGUUGAAUGGGCGGCAGGUCAGUUUAUCAGCGAGCCCGAACCUACUUAACAAGCCCAAAUGCUUCACUGUCACGUAUUCGACUCUCGGACGAGUCCUAGAUAUGUAAUGAAGGCUUAAUGAUGAGAUGCAAACGUUGUGUACUUGCUAACAUGCGCACCGGCCCGUCUGUUCCACAAGAGAGUAUUUCUUAUUCCGUGUCUGUCCAUCGCAUACGCCCAUCCAUAUACGGCGUCAUUUUAACUGUGCGAAUAAAAGCUGAAGCUUA